AUGAUUCUGCAUUUAGUUCUGGCUGCGUUGGUCACCUUUGUGGCCGUUGUAGCGAUUUGGGUCCUGGAUAAACUGGCCGACCUGGAAGCAACUGGCGAGGAACUAGACCAUGCCAUCAUACAGGUCAUUGGCGGGAACUCUAUUCUGGUGGGCUUUGCGUUCGAGCCUUGGAACGACUUUGCCGUUGAUGUCAGGCAACAAAUGCCCGAGCGAGCUAUUCUUGACACACCGCAUGUGAAACGUCAUCGGGGCAAGCCACGGACGGCUGCAGACGCACAAGCUGACGACCUCACAGAAGGAGAUACCGCCGUACCGGACCACGCCCCGGGAGACGCAGGAGAUGCUAUGUCCAAGUGGAGCGACACUGAGAAACUUCUUUUCCAGAUUUCGGAGUUCAAAUCUCUUCGUGUCUUCAAACUGAGGGCGAGCUUUCGGGGUCGACAGGUUCCAGUGAAGCGCGAGUGCGUCUUCUCAACCCAUUGCAAGCCAUUGCAAGAGGAGCAGUGCUUCGAUCGUGCCAUCGAGGUCAUUGACGUGUCAGUGGUUUAUGGCCUGAGACGCAUCCAUCUGAUUACUGUCUGCGUUUUCGAGCGUGAGCUGUUGAUGCAUGCCAAACGCAAGGCGCUUCUUUCCAAGAAUCCACGUGUCGUGCAGGAUGUCGAGGGGUGGAAGUUCGGGUUCGUCAUUGACGGCAGCGAUACCAAAUGGGGAAAAGUCUUCAAGAGCAAGCGCUGGCACUGGCUUAUGCACAGGGCCGGAAUCCAAGUGAUUGGUUUCAAGAAGCCGUCAAUGCUGUCAAUGCAGAAGAGGGACAAGAACCACGGCAUGGCCUUCCAGAAGCGUCGCAAGGAAAGAGGAUUGUUCAAGAUCUUGCAGAAGGAAAAGGUCCUGUCCAUUUCAGACGGCUGGCCAGAUGCUUCUCCUGCCAAGGGUGGUGACCUGAAGUUUGUAUAUGGUGGAGGUGCGGACCUUCAGCAGCCUUUACUGCAAGACUCUGACCUUUCCAGCCUCAACCGGUCAGUCUCCGUGCUGCACAGGCGCAAGUUUCGAACCAAGCAAGCCUGCGGAAGCUUGGCAGAAUUUCAGAAGCCUGAGAUGGCCCAGCUUAGCGAAAGGAUCUCGAACUUAGCCACCCUGGCGGCAGAGGUACCCGACCUGGGAAGUCCCUUCCUGAGGCUGUCUUUAAAUUCCUUAAUCGUUGGAUUGAAAAGGCAAGGUCUCCUGCAUGAGCUUUCGUUGGUUGCUCUCAAGAACUGCACCACCGGUUCGCAUGACAGUCCAGAGACAGUCCGCCGCUUGCACAAUGAUGUGGAGACACUGGCAGAUGCAGAGCAGGGCCGUGAGGUUGCAGGUGUGGACCUGCAGCUGGAGAUGAAUCUUCGUCAGAGCUGUAGAGGCCUGAGCCAUCUCACGGGGGAGCCGUUGCCUCAGGCCGUUGGCCCGGGAGACUCGGUCAGCUCCGGAGCAGUGACCAUUGAUGGGGCACUGCUGCUUGAGGUUCAGCGAGAGGCUGGAGAGUCCACGUUGCAGCGCUUGGCCAAGCUCACUUCAGGAGCCAAGGCCUCGCGGCCGAAGCUGGUCACCCUCGUAGAUGCCGUGGCAGACCGCUGGUCCUUCGCAGUGGUGAUUUCGACUCUGAUUGUCGCGGCACUGCCACCACUUCUGUGGCAGGCACCGAUGGGCGCGUCGCUGUACCGCGCGCUGGUUUGGCUCAUCACGGCAUCCCCAUGUGCGUUGAUUCUGGCGACGCCUUUGGUGUACGUCUCUGGCCUCUCUGUAGCUGCGGCGAAUGGGGUACUCCUGAAGGGGGGCCGUACUUUGGAUGCUUUGGCGGUCGCAAGCGGAGUAGCGUUCGACAAGACCGGGACACUUACUACUGGCACUCCAGUUCUGCAAAGUGUGGAGGAAGUCAUGGACAAGUCCGUGCAGACUCAGGGGGAGAAGGCAGUGGACCAUGUGGACCCCUUGCUUUGCGCUGCUUCCCUUGGACGCCUCUCAGUUCAUCCAGUAUCAAGGGCAGUCGUGGCCGCAUUGCCAAAAGGAAAGACUCCACUUCAGGUUGCAGGUUUCCAGAUGGUUGCCGGCGCUGGUGUCACUGGAGACCUGACGCCAAGUGAGGUCAUGGGGCGUCCUGAAUUUGUCGCCGGCCAUUUGGAAGGCUUUGGUGCAGGCGCUGCGCUCACGAACAGUCAAGGGUGCCAAGACUGGCAGCGUCGUGAUGGCCAUGGCUCUGCAGGAGCCAAAUCAGGAGAAGGCUUGCUCUGCGGAAGGGGAGAUGGUGGCCCCGACCCGCCCCAUGCCUCUGACUGCUGGCACUUUGGACGUGAGUCACGUAAGCGUGAACCGCAGCCGCGUGUACAGGUGGCUCGGGGAGGUCCCGUGUACAUGCUCACUGGCGAUCGCCAUUCCAACGCGAUGAGCGUCGUUGAUCAAGUAGGCGCAGCCAACUUUGACUCAGUGCAUGCCGACUUGAGACCAGAAGACAAGCUUGCAAAGGUGAAAGAGUACGACGCGCUCCUUCGAGAGACAUCUGGAAAGGGUUCGUGGCAAGCAUGGCUUCUCGGCUUCCUCGGUGUGUCCAUGGGUGGGCUCGUCAUGGUCGGAGAUGGGAUCAAUGAUGCUCCUGCGCUGGCUGCUGCGACUGCUGGAAUUUCCUUAGAGGCGCAGAUGGACGGAGCGUUGCAGAGCAAUGCUGUCGAGGGAUCGGAUGUUGGGCUCCCGUUGAUUCCAGAGCAUGGCUACGAAGCAAGUGGCUUGGCUUCUCGCUUUGGCCAGAAAGACGAGGACAAUCAUCACUCAGAACAUAUGCCCGGAGCUCACAGCCUCUACGACAUGCGCAGGUGCUACUUUGCAACUGUUUUUGACACAUUGCCGCGGUGCCAGGUCUUGCUCUUGGAUCCAUACUGGGUGCGUGGCUUUGCGAGCUUGAAGAAUGCCUCUGUGGCUGGGAGUUCUGCUGCACGAGGGCACUACUAUGCUGGUGGUGCGCCUUCCCCGCUACGGUACAUGGAAGACACGUUCAGGAGUCUUAGCCGCGUGUAUUAUGCAGCCUUGAAGCUUUGUAACCUUUGUUAUGCCUGUAUUCCCGAUGUCCAGUGUCGCAAGUGCAUCGCAGGUGGGGCGUACCCUCAGGUGCAAGUACUGUCCAUGGCAGAUGCUGCCGCCCUCUUAGAGGAAAAAGCAGAGGACGAGAGCACAGUGUUGAGUGAAUGGUGCGAGAUCAUUCAAGUGAACGGCAAGAACGACAAAGCCAGGCCAUCCGUACCCGACAUCCUCGCUCCAACCGCGUUUCGUGGUUGCGGGAUCGGGUGCAUGGACAUUGAGAGGCUGAAUUUUCACGAGCCCAUGCGAUCGGGUGAAGGGAUGUGGCAGAAGGCAGUGCAGGGAAGUCACAGCGGUCACUGUACGACGUGCCCAGGGGCAGUUCUGAUCUCCUUCAGCUUCCUCGAACAUGCCCGGCUCAACACCUUCAACUUAUUCUUUGUGACACAUUUAGCUAAUGAACAUGGCUGCGCGAUCCUACCUCAGGCUGUUUGGCAGGAUCCACUUAUGGUUCCAUUGGCUCCUGUAGCAAACGGCCGCUGUGCUGCAAAGGAUUGCAAAGGAUUGCAAAGGAGCACUCAGCAAGCACUCAGCAUGUCUGAGCUUGCAACGCCUGACUCGGCCGGACAGUUCAAGAAGAAUCAACUGUUUUUCCCGUCGAAGGGAGUCUUGAUCUCGAUGGGUCUUGCUGCUGCCACGUCAAGGUUUUGGGUCCGCGAAGCAGAGCAUACAAUCUGGCUUCUGAUGGUGUUGAUGUUCAAGUGGCCUGAGAUCACUGACAUCUUGGCGAACUGGGAUCAGGUCCUGCAGUCUUUGGAUCGAGUGCAAGCUUACACAGCUGCUCGCACCAAUGAGACUGCUACACGGCUGACAGAGAUAUGUAAAGCUGAGCGUCCGCCUCUUUUUGGCGAAAGUUCGGAGGCUCUGCGAUGGCAGGCCCAGCAGAAGAGGUCGCCAAGACGGAGAGAGAUGCGAGGAAUGCUGCCUAAUUUGGAGCAGGAGUCGGCCGCUCUGGCAGCUCAUCAAGCUACAGACAGGACUGCAGAUCGGGAUCUGCGGCAGCCGCGGCAGAUGCAGCAGCUCCUGGAGCGCUUCGAAAAACACCUUGCAAAGCAGGCAAGGGAGCAGUUGCUGGAAAGUGUCUUCGCGUUGUGGCGAGAGGUAUGCAGUCGAAGACGGACAGAAGACAGCCACAAAGAGGGCAAGGCUUGGGUGGACCGUGUCACGGCGUCCCUGGAACAGGAGCGUCAAGCUGUGUCAAGGCUCUGCAGGCAACGCCGUGAACGUUGUGAGGCGGCUUUGCGCUCCUGGCAGGAGGUUCAGCAGCGACUACUGAUCAGUAGCGUGUUCAACGCAUGGACAGCGGUUCAGAAACAUGCUUGCGACGAAGUGCGGGAGCUGGCACAUCUCAACCAGGACGAGGAAGUCCGCAAACUACGCAGUGAGCUGGAAGUAUCAAGGGCUGCUCAAGAGGAGACCGAGGCUCUGGCAGCUCAGCGUUUGGAGUUCCUCACCAAGGCUGAGGAGGCAGCAGAGGUGGCUAGAGCCCAGACACGCAGCUUGCAAGCAACGGCCGAACAGACAACAGCCGAAUUGCUGACUGCCAGGACUCAGUUGAGCGAAGCACAGCAGAACCUCUGCAAAGCUGAAGCAGAGCUGACUGCUGCUCAACAGGCCUGCCACACUGCUCAGGAGCAGCAAACAGCUACUGAGAAGCAACUUCUGCAGCUACGAACAGCUUCCUCCAGGGAGAGCGCAUCCGAGUCGCACAGGCUACUGACGGAUUUGACAAUCAAGUUGGCACAAGCUGAAGCAGAUACUGCAGAAGCCAGGACCCACGCAAGCCAAAGCAAUGCUGAGACGCAGCAUUUGCAUGCUGCACUGGCUGAUGCACGACGUGAGCUGGAGAUUGUUUAUGGCCUCCUCUCGAACUCUGAAGGGGCUCAUCAAGACACGCUGCGCCACCUCAAGGGAACCAUCAGGGAUCGCGAGCUUGCGAUGGCACACUUGCGCCAUCUUCUGGAAAGAUUGCGUGAGCCGCCGUCACCCACGAAGGAGGAUGAAGACCUGAAGAGGCGAGCAGCGGAUACUCCCUCGGUCAGCACGCCUGGGAUUCAGUCCUGCUUGAGCUUGCCGAGCCUCUCAACAGUGUCCUCCCCACAGAGCGUGCAAACGGUCAAGAGCAGGACAGGCAAAGAUAUCGAAGACCGCAAAAAACGGUGGAGUGCCAACUGGCACUAG